AUGUCUGGUCGUGGUCCGCGAGGGGGCCCUCGAGGCGGCGGCGGCGGCGGCGGCGGCGCAAGAGGCCGUGGUGCCAGCCAAGAUCUUCCUUUCCGUGAGGCUGGCCGUGGACGUGGCGGAGAUCGUGGAGGAGAUCGUGGCCGUGGAGAUCGCGGACGUGGACGUGGCGAUCGCGGUGGUGAUGCCUUCAGAGACGACGGGCCUUUCAGAGGUCGUGGAGACUUCAGAGGUCGUGGAGAUUUUAGAGGCCGUGGGGAGUUUAGAGGCCGUGGGGAGUUUAGAGGCCGUGGGGAGUUCCGUGGCCGUGGGCGUGGAGCUCCACGAGCACCUACAACCAUCUACACAGACCCAGAGGGCGUUAAGCCUCCGUCUGUUGAAGUUACCAAACUAGAAGGCACCAUUGAGAAUGGUCUUGUGAAGCUGCCCCAGACGGCUACGUUUCCUAACCGACCGGGCUAUGGUACUCAGGGACGACAGAUCGUACUGUUUGCAAACUACAUGCAGCUAAUCAGCGCAUCCAAGAAUGACUUGUAUCGGUAUGACACCAUGAUUGGCAAUGCUCCAAACGGCAACCCUCCGUCGGCCAAGAAAUGCAAGCACAUUAUUCGCCUGCUGCUGGAAGAGUUUUUUGCCGAACAGCAGGAAGACCUUGCCACCGACUACCGGUCGACCUUGAUCUCUCGUGAGCCUCUUGGCCUCGAGGUCAAGGAAUUCCAAGUUCGCUGGAAAGCCGAGGAUGAGGACACCUACUCGGACAACCCGAUUACCUACACUGUUACCGUUAAAUACACAGGAACGGUUAGCGUUUCAGACCUCGUGGACUAUCUGACUUCCUCGAACGCCAGCAGGAUAUUGGAUAACAAGGCUACGAUCAUCCAGGCGUUGAACAUCAUCGUUGGUCACGGUCCAAAAUCUGAUCUUGGCGUAGGUACAGUCGGUGCCAACAAACACUUCUCUCUAAGCCCAGCGGCCAACGACCGUGCGUCACUCGGGGGUGGCUUGGAAGUCAUUCGCGGAUUCUUUGUUAGUGUUCGAGCUGCAACGGCACGCAUUCUUGUCAAUUUGCAGGUGAAAAAUCUGGCCUGUUACGAAUCCGGAGCUUUGCAACCCCUGAUGAACAGCUGUGGUCUUCAUCACCGGUCCCUGGAACGCUUCAUCAAGACCUUACGGAUUGAACUCACACAUCUGGUCAAGAAGACUAAGAACAACGAGACAAGACGACGCGUGAAGAGCAUUUGGGGUUUUGCUUCGCCGGCAGAUGGUAGGGGUGAGAACCGUCCCCGAGUUAAAGGGUUUGGUGCCGGUCCCAAAGACGUUGCUUUCUGGCUCAACGAAGCUGGCCCAGGCUCAGUACCCAGCGACAAGAGCAAACGCAGAAAGGACAAGCGGGAGGGACCUGCAACCCCUGGUGAAUACAUCACCGUGGCGAAGUACUUCGAGACUCGCUACGGUGUUGAUACUAAUCCAAAAUCACAUGUUAUCAACGUUGGGUCUCAGCAGAACCCGUCCUAUGUGCCGGUCGAGGUCUGCAACGUCAUCCCUGGGCAACCGGCCAAUAUGAAACUCUCGCCGCAGCAAACCCAAAACAUGAUCGGUUUCGCCGUUCGUGGUCCUGGUGCUAAUGCCAAUUCGAUCGUGCACGAAGGUACUCGGCUUCUAGGGUUCGGGCCCAAACGUAAUGCUACUUUGUCCGCAUUUGACCUAAUGCCAGAUACUCGUCUGAUUACGGUCCACGGACGUGUUCUACCAGCUCCUGCGGUUACGUACCAAAAGACGAAUAUCAGUCCACGCAACGCCGACUGGAACAUGAAGAGUAUUAAGUUUAACAUUUCUCCUCCUCUAGGCAACUGGACCUAUGUUACGAUAGGCCCGCGGGAAUUUAUGCUCGAGGAGUUCGUCGCCAAACUAAACGAGGUAGGCAUCGCAGCCAAAGCCCCUUCUGUGCAGCCAUUUCGAGCCCGGUCUCCCCGACCCGAGGAUAUCCAGGCAGUAUUCGAGAAAGUAUCCAAAUACAACCUCAAUUUUGUCCUGGUAAUUUUACCUACUCGCGACACUGAAAUCUACAACUGUGUCAAACAAAACUGUGACGUCCGGUACGGCAUCCGCCAUGCCUGCGUGAUUGCGGAAAAGUUCGCCAAGACUGGCAACCACCAGUACAACGCUAAUGAGGCUCUGAAGAUCAACCUCAAGCUUGGUGGGACGAACCAACUUGUUAGUAGACUUAGCAUCAUCGACAAGGGCAAGACGAUGCUUGUCGGUAUUGACGUUACACACCCUUCGCCAGGCUCGGCUAAAGAUGCUCCAAGUAUCGCCGCCAUCGUCGCCUCAAUCGACAAGAAUCUAGGGCAGUUUCCGGCCGACAUACGGAUGCAGAGAGGCAAGCAAGAAAGGGUCGAUGCGCUGGACAGACUGCUUGACUCGCGACUAGAUAUGUGGAAAAGACACAACAAAACGUACCCGGAGAACAUCAUUGUCUACCGUGACGGAGUCUCGGAGGGUCAGUACAAUAUGGUUAUCGACGACGAACUACCGCAACUCAAGGAAGCAUGCAGAAAGAAGUAUCCUGCCCCCGACACAAAGAAGGGUCUUCCUCACAUCUCCAUCGUGGUUGUCGGCAAGCGCCAUCAUACACGGUUCUACGCGACAACCGAGCAAGACGCAGACGAUCGCUCCAAGAACCCGCCCACGGGCACCGUUGUCGACCGCGGCGUGACCGAAGCCCGCAACUUUGACUUUUUCUUGCAGUCUCACAAGGCCCUCCAAGGAACCGCGCGACCAGCCCAUUACUACACAGUCUACGACGAGAUCUUCCACAAGGAGAAACCCCAACCACCGUUUCAAAACGCCGCAGACGUACUACACGACCUAACUCACCGCCUGUGCUACACCUUUGGCCGUGCCACAAAAGCAGUCAGUAUCUGUCCGCCAGCUUACUACGCGGACCUGGUCUGCGAGCGUGCCCGCUGCUAUCUGUCCGAUGUCUUUGACCAGUCCACAUCGGUUGUUAGUGAAACUAGCUCGGCGCAGGCAGCGCGGGUGGAUAGUGACCGAGUCACUCUUCACAAGAACAUCAAAGAUACCAUGUUCUACAUCUAG